ACAUGUCAUCACUAUCUCCCCCUCCAGCCCCAAAUAUUCCCCCCCACUAUGGGGCAGCAGGAUCUGGACGGAGCCUUCGAGCUGGGGGUCCUGCGCACCCCCAAGGGGCUGCUGCUGGGGGCUGAGCUGAUGCUGUGUGGAGCAGUUGUGGGGCUGCUGGCCCCCCCUGCACCUCCCACACUGGCCCCGGCACUGCUUCAAGCCCUGGCAGUGGCAGCAGCCCUGGGGGGGCGGCUGCUGAGGAGCCCCCCACGCCUGCCUCAUGGCUAUGGGUCCUGCCUGGACCUCCUCCGGGCUGUCAGUGGGACCAUUAUCUUCCUCGUCGUGGCUCUGGUGGCCCUGGCUGCUUCCCGAGAUGCCUUGGCUGCCACCACCUUCACUUUCAGCCUUAUCCUCUCCUUCCUCUUCGCCUUUGACGCCUUUGUCACCUACCGUGCUGAGGUGGCCCCAGCGGUGGUACAGGACCCUGAUGUGGACUCGACAUAAUUGGAAACACUCACCCAAAGUGAUGUCCCAUAAUUCCUCUGUACCCUGCCCCAGACCCCCCACAUAACCACCGCGUAAAGCCCCAAUUGCCCAGUGUUGGGCACCAGUUAAACCUCUUCCACCACUGA